GAACACCAAGCCGAUUGCUGCAGAGGAUAUGGCCUCUGCACUGGAGGACCCGCCUGUCGGCUUCAGGCCCACCCCAGCUGGAACUGCCUUCCGUUGGCUGCGGACUCGACGGCUGGUGCGCUACCUCCAGCGUAACGAGUCGAGCCGCUUCGAUUGGUUCCUGGUUUUCGACGAUGGCGGUUUCCCCCUCGCCGAGAACUUCCGCCUCUUAGUGGGGCAAUUCUCGGGUUCCGAGGUAGAGGCCGAGCCCCUCCUGCUCUCCGACAGGAACAGGGCUGCGGCCUUCGGCGCCCUUUUCAACCGCGCUGCGCUCCGCGCUUUGGUGGCAUCCUUCAAUGCCCCCAGCAAAGACUGCAUGGCGCCCACUCGUGACGAGCCACUCCGCUCCUGGCAGGCCAUGAGCGCAUUGUGGCGUUGCGGCAAUGGUCUUCGUCGCGCUGCUUGGGAUGCCGAGGAGUCGCUUCGCAAAUUGCUGGGCUGCCGGGCAGGAUCGGAGUCGCUGGUGAACUUGAAG